AUGCGUUUCACACUCGCUUUGUCUGCUCUGGCCAUGGCCAUCUCCGUUGGAGCUAUUGAGGUCACCGAGCCCAAGGAGGGCGCCGAUAUUGCCGCCUCCAGCUCUCUCGAUGUGAAGUGGACCUUUGUCAACACCGAUGAGACCAGCCUCGAUAUCUACCUCACCAACAACGCUGUCUACCCUACCGUCAACAAGAAGCUCGCCACCGACAUCAGCACCUCUGAUGGUUCCUACACCGUGAAUGUUGGCGACAUUGCUUCGGGACACGGUUACCAGAUCAGCCUGAAGUCCGAUGCCGACCACAACACUGGCAUCCUGGCUCAGUCUAACCAGUUCAACGUGACUGAGUCGGCUAGCUCGUCUACUUCUUCCUCGUCCACUGAGUCUUCUACCUCGUCGACUACUAAGACCUCUACUGCGAGCUCCAAUGAUGCCGUGUCAACCACCACUUCCACUGGCUCUGGUAUGACCACUACUAUGACUAUGACUGGUACUGCUGCUAUCACUAGCGGCACCGCAAGCACCGCUUCUGGCAUGCAGACCUCUGCUUCUUCCGGUACUAACUCCACUGCCGCUGCUACUGCCACCCAGUCCACUGGUGCUGGUUUCGCUAUUGCUGCACACCCCGCUGCUGCUCUUGGAGUUGUCGGUGGUGCUUUGGCUUUCAUGCUGUAA